AACCCUUCCAUCAUCCCUGCAGUGAAAGAGCAGCACAGAAAUGGAGGGUACCACCACCACCACCAAGGCCCCCCUUCACACGUUCAAGCUCUCCCGUCGCACGUACACAAACCGCUUGUUCGCGGCAGCUUACACGUGUGCCAUCUUUGCUCUGCUCUAUCACCAUGCACUCUCACUCUUCCACUCCACCACCCUAGUCUCCUUCUUCAUCUCCCUCUCCAUGUUCAUCUCCGAUAUUCUUCUAGGGUUCAUGUGGUCCACCACCCAAUCUUAUCGCAUGCGACCCAUCCAUCGUCGAGAGUUCCCGGAAAACCUCCACAAAGUCACCACAGAGAAAGAUUUUCCGGCCAUGGACAUCUUUAUAUGCACUGCAGAUCCGUAUAAAGAGCCACCCAUGAGUGUUGUGAACACGGCCUUAUCAGUCAUGGCUUAUGACUACCCUACUGAGAAGCUCUCGGUCUAUGUAUCCGACGAUGGAGGUUCCGAGUUGACUCUCUUUGCAUUUAUGGAGGCUGCCAAAUUUGGAACCCACUGGUUACCCUUCUGUAGGGAAAACAAGAUUGUAGAGAGGUGUCCAGAUGCUUAUUUCAGAUCCAAUUAUUCUAGGUGCAGUGACACUCAAAAUAUCAAGAUGAUGUACGAAAACAUGAAGGCAAGGGUAGGGAGUGUUGUUGAGAGAGGGAAGGUUGGGGAUGAGUACAUCAACAGUGAACAAGAACACCAGGCUUUCAACAAAUGGACAAAGGGUUUCACUCGUCAACAUCAUCCCACUGUUAUUCAGGUUUUGUUAGAGAUCUAUAAAGACAAAGACAUCACAGGCCAUUCAAUGCCAAACCUUAUAUACGUAUCCAGAGAGAAAAGUCCAGCUUCUCCACAUCAUUUCAAAGCUGGUGCCCUUAAUGUCUUGCUCCGAGUGUCGGCUUCCAUGACCAAUGCACCGAUAAUACUAACUCUAGAUUGCGACAUGUACUCCAAUGAUCCCCAAACGCCUCAUCGCGUGCUAUGUUACUUCUCAGACCCUGCAAUUCGGCUCAAAUUAGGGUACGUUCAGUUUCCUCAGCGGUAUCAUGGUCUCAACAAGAAUGACAUCUAUGCAGGUGAGAUCAAAGGUUUAUUUCGAAUGAAUCCUCUGGGGAUGGAUGGGCUUUCAGGCCCUAAUCAUGUUGGGACCGGAUGCUUUUUUUCUCGCCGGUGUUUUUUUGGAGGCCCAUUGUCUUUUGUCACUCCAGAAUUACCUGAGCUAAGCCCGGAUAAUGUCUUUGAUAAGCCCAUCCAGGCCCAACAAAUUUCGGCAUUGGCACAUCAUGUAGCAGGUUGCAACUAUGAGAACCAGACCAACUGGGGUUCCAAGAUGGGCUUUAGAUAUGGGUCUCUGGUUGAGGACUACUUUACAGGGUAUAGGCUGCAGUGUGAGGGCUGGAAAUCUGUGUUCUGUGAUCCAGAAAGGGCAGCAUUUUUGGGCGAUAUACCCAUUUGCCUGAAUGAUGUACUGAGCCAAAACAAGCGAUGGUCCGUGGGCCUACUUGAGGUGGCCUUCUCCAAAUACAGUCCUCUCACCUUCGGUGUGCGGUCCAUGGGCCCUCUAAUGGGUCAUUGCUAUGCGCACCUUGCUUUCUGGCCCAUUUGGUCGAUUCCCAUCACCAUAUAUGCCUUCCUCCCUCAAUUAGCUCUCCUCAAUGGAAUCAUCAUCUUCCCAAAGGUCUCAGACCCAUGGUUCGUCUUGUAUGCAUUUCUAUUUGUUGGAGCUUACGUGCAAGAUUGCCUUGACUUCGUCCUAGAAAAUGGUAGUGUAAAAAGAUGGUGGAGUGAUCAGAGGAUGUGGUUGGUAAGAGGACUCUCAUCUUACUUGUUUGGAUUGAUGGAAUACGUGACCAAACGCUUGGGCAUUGCCACACAAGGAUUCAAUGUGACCAGCAAAGUCGUUGACGAUGAACAAAGUAAAAGGUAUGAUCAAGGGACCUUCGAAUUCGGAGUCUCGUCGCCUAUGUUCGUGCCAAUGGCAAUGGCAGCAAUAAUCAAUUUAAUCGCGUUCUUGGUGGGGCUGAGAAAAGUUUUCACAAGUGAACAUUUGGAGGGACUGUUUGGGCAGAUGUUUAUAGCUGGUUUUGUGAUUCUGAACUGCUGGCCAAUUUAUGAGGCCAUGGUUCUGAGGAGUGAUAAAGGAAGGAUGCCUACAAAGACAACCAUCAUUUCCACAUUUCUGGCAUUGGCUCUUUACACAGCAGCUUCUUUCACUCUAAUUUAAGACAUGAAGUUAUAUUUAAAAGUUUUUUUUGGGUAUAUUAUAUAUUAAAUAUUACACUUUCACUCUUUCAGAAAGUGAAAUAGCUAGAGCUGACCAUUCUAUAUAUUAUUAGAAUAAUUUAAGAUCACAAAUAGUAGAACGUAAUUACUCUUGAGUUUUAUUGUUAUUAUUAACUAUAUUGUUGGUUUCAUAUAAAUGUUUGCAUGGUUAAAGCUAA